CUCACCACAACUAGCCACGUGGCUAAUUGUUUUUUUCCUUUUCACCGUUUUCUUGCAACCUUAAACUAAUGUUUCUUCGUACUUUUGCUUACAUGUUUACAGAAACCAUGUGUCAAGCAAAGCACAAGCUCAAGCUGAAGCUCUGACAAAAUGUCUAACCAAACCUUAAACGACAUGUCGUCGUCGUCGUCGUCGUCGUCGGGAGUAAGGAGUCUCAGCGAGAUAUCGGAGAAGGACACGGUUCAUCUCAGCGUCGAUCUCGUGUCGGCGGCGAGACGAAACAUUGGGUUCUUGAGGAGUGUGAAUGAGUGUCAUUGGCUUCACCAAAGAGCAACGAUUGUUGAAGCAAUAAGGAGGUAUGAGGAGGUGUGGAUGCCGUUGAUUUCUGAUCUGACAGUGGUGGGGUCAACGCCUCCUAUGGUUUUGCCACCUUUUGAUGUUGAGUGGGUUUGGUUUUGUCACACCUUGAAUCCUGUUGCUUACAGGAAAUACUGUGAGUCAAGGUUCUCAAAACUAAUUGGAAAACCAGCAAUCUUCAAUGAAGAAAAUGAAGAGUAUGCAUUGAUGAGAUGCAGAGAAAUCUGGGUUCAAAGACAUGAAUCUGAGCCUUUUGAGAAUGAAGUGGAAUCAGAUUCCCAAGACCCACCAGGGAUAAAUCAAGAUCUUUUCAAUCAAGUUAAAAAGCACAAGUUUCUGUACUCAAAAUUUUCAGAACCAUACUUCUUUGAGCUAGUGUAUUUGAUAGCAGCAAGACAAAGAUACAGAGGAUUCCUGUACAUGAUGCAAAGGUUUGGAGAUGGGUGCCUUAGAUUUGUUCCUGCUUUGGAUAUUGUCCUAAUGCUGCUGACUCAUCAGAGCUACCCAACAGUGUAUGUAGAGGAUUUGAAGGACAAGUGGGAUGAUAUGGGCAAGGUAGUGGGGUUAUGGGAAACUGUAAAAGAAAAAGAGGUAGACGAAUCCAAGAACCUAUGGGAGAGAACCUUUGAUCAGCCUUAUGAGAAAGCUGGAGGUGGGCUAGCAGUGGAAUUGGACAAUCUUAAGGCCAAGCGACCAAUCUACUGGGAGGUUUCAGAUGUAGAUGUUAACACUAAAUACAAGUCUAUGAUCCCAAGGUUCCUACUUGAGGUAUGUGUUUUUGUGAGGCUCAAUGAUCGGACGAAGGUGAGCAAUGGAGACACAAAACACAAGUUUCUACGUCUCCGGGCAGUAAGAUGUCACAGGGAGCUCAAGCUUGAUGAAUUAAUCUCCAACUUUUCGUAUGAUUCAUGGCGGAAAGCCUGGCAUCUCUACUGUGAGUUUGGAACUAGAGGACUUAUGGUUGAGCUUCGUGGCCGCGGUGGUCGCUGCUUCAAAGGAAGUAAAUCGCUGGACUCAAUGCCAUUUUAUUGGAAUGAUUUACUAAGGGCACCCUCUAUUACUUUGUCAAGAAAGGUUGAUCAAGUGAGGAUUGUUGCUUCUAUAACUCCCCCGGUUCAAGCCCCCUACUUGUUGAAAUGUGUGCCUGACAGAGUCACAGAUGAUUCAGGAGCCAUGAUAUCUGAUGUGAUUCUGAAGUUAAACAACUACAGGCCUCAGAAAGGUCGUUGGCUGUCCCGGACAGUUCUAGACCAUGCUGGGAGAGAGUGUUUUGUUGUUAGAAUAAGAGUGGGAGGAGGAUUUUGGAGAAGAGGAGCUGAAACUCCUUCUGCUGUGAAUUGGGAGGACAGGAUAAUUGAAAUACGGGAAGGGUCUUGGUCUUAUGUCGCUGGUUCCAUUGGUAGAGCUCCUGAGAAAGUGGUAGGAACAGCCACACCAAAAGAAUCUCCAGAGCAGUGGCAAGCGGCAUGGGAGUUUUCAACAGGUGAUGAAUUGUUGAUCAAUUGGGGAUCUUCGACCUCAAGUUCUGGCCUGAGUUUUUGUCUAAAAACUCAAGAAUCUUUCGAUUCUUCCGUGAUGUUGUUGAGGGGACGAAAGAUGCAAUAUCAAGACAAGGUGGCAGGGUGUGCCGCCAAAGAAACCAAAACCAGACAAGAAGAAUAUGCAAAGGAAGCUGAUGAUGAAUACGUGACCCUGGUAAGGUUCACAGAAGAGAACCCAACAGGGAGAGCAACCGCCCUGUUGAACUGGAAGCUGUUGGUGGUAGAAUUGUUGCCCGAAGAAGAUGCUGUUUUGGUGCUUCUGCUUUGUGUUUCGAUACUCAGGACUGUGUCCGAGAUGAGAAAGGAAGAUGUCGGAAGUUUGUUGAUAAGGAGGAGGUUGAAGGAAGCGAAACUCGGUGCCAGAGACUGGGGUUCUGUCGUACUUCACACUUCUUCACUGCCCUCAUCCAUUGCUUCACCUUGUCUGCAACCUUGGUAUUGGAAUGCUAACAAAGUGAUGGCACAGCAUGAAGGUAACAGUAUCACAAGGCAACCGGCAUCUAAUUAUUCACCUGUUGAAGGUGGCGAUAUGUUGUACAAGCGAGGGAUCAUUACAUAAUAAGAAAUCCUUCAGAGCAGACUUUGUACCAUUUUUUUAUCAGAAAUGGAAAAGGGAUGCACUAGAUUUGCAUGACAA